AUGGCAAACGAACAGCCGCCUGCGCAGCCUCAGGCCGAGUCCUCGGAGAACUUGCACACUGAUCCCGUGACCGGUGAGAAGAUCAGCAAGAGCGAGCUCAAGCGUCGCCAGAAGCAGCGCGAAAAGGACGAGAAGAAGAAGGAGAAGGAGGCGUCAUUGCCUGCAAGGCCCAAGAAGGAGAAGAAGGACGAUGUUGAGGAAUUGAACCCCAAUGUAUGCUUUUUCCUAUUUCAUGAAUUUUCUGGCAUGCUGCUAACGCAUCUCAGCAAUACUUUGAGAUUCGCUCCAACAAGAUCAACGCCCUUCGCACUUCCAAGCAACGCACCUACGUAG